GUGGGCUUAGUUUGUGAGACGCUCCCGAGGCGACAAGUAGUUGAUAGCGAAGAUCGGCGAAUACCCAAACCGGCAGACAAACGCAACUGCACGCGCUGCUGCAGCAAAGGCAGCACCACAGAUACAAGGCAGUGAAAAGAAUAUCCCAACGGAAAAUAUAUCAUUACAUUUUCAUGUUUAUUUUAUCUUGGGGAAAAUUCGGUUCGGCAAACAACAAGCGGCGUUGGUAAAGAGAAAGAAAAACGUGUCGCCGUCCGUCAAAAGUGAAGCGCUCUCAUGUGCUGCUGCAUUGGCAAUUGAAAAAACAUAAACAGAAAAUAGAAACAGAAUAUAGAAAAUAUAUAGAUAAACACAGCCACUGCAGGAACGACAAGCAACCGAAAAAAAAAUAAAAAAUAAAUAAAUAAAUAUAUUCCGACCUGCAGUCGAGGGCGAAAGUGAAAGUGUAUAUCUCUUAUCUCUCACCUCUGCCCAAAGUGAAUGCACUCCGGCGGAUCUACAACACUGGGUUCCUAAGCCCAUUCAAAUCCGCAGAUCUGUGUUUUUGCACGAGUUCAAAAAUAGAUUGCACAGCCGAGGAAUUCAAGUUCAGUGGCAGAGGCAGAACCUACCGAGCAAUCUGAAUAUUUCGUUUGCGUGGGGUCACACGUCUGCCUCAUACAACACCAUUAUCAUCAUCAUCAUCAUCGUCUUCAGAGUUUGCGACAGAGAGAAAGAUUUCGAAUAUUGAAUAGCCCAAGUUGAAGCAUCAUCAUGACUCAAUCCAAGGAGAAUCCGGAGAAGAAUCGCGAGCUGAUCAGCGAGGAAAGCUUGAAGGAUCUGCUCACCAAGCAGCUGGAAGUGGUGGGCAGUGGCGGGGCAUUUGUGUGGGCGAUCUUCUUCCUGUGUGUCACCCCCAAUAUACUGAAUGGAUUCCAUGUGUCAUCCUACACGCUGCUGGGCCAUCUGCCCGAUGACCAGUGGUGCGGCAUUCCGGAGCUGCAGGACACCAACUGGACACACGCCCAGAAGCGUGAGAUUGCCGGCAAGGGAUUGGAUUCGGGCGGUUGCACCGUGUGGGACUGGAACUAUGGCCACCUGGCGAAGAUGUCCUACGAGGCGGCUCUGAACUACACCGGCCAUCUGUCGCAGAUUUCCUCGCCGGCUGAGGUGUCCUGCCGUGUGAAGGGGCAACAUGAGUUCGCCCAUCCGGAAACCACUUUCGUUGCAGACUGGGAUCUCACCUGCGACCGGAGCAUCCAGCGUACCUCCGCCCAGGUUUCCAUAUCCCUAGGCAAGUUCUGCGGAUCCUUCUCCUUUGGUAUCCUGGCUGACAAAUUUGGUCGCAAAACCUCUUUCACCCUGGGCGCAGCCUUCUUCAUUGUGGGCAGCUUCUUCUGUACCUUCUCGCCCUGGUACAGCCUCUUCCUGGCAGGACGUUUCGCACUGGGAGCAGCCUCCUCCGGUCUGUUCUAUCCAGCUUUUACCAUGAUCGUGGAGAACAUCUGCUUGAAGCAUCGUUCCUGGAUGUCCAUUGCCUUCUCAGCCUCCUAUCCGGUGGGCAUGAUCAUCCUGGCCAUUGUGGGCUACGUCAUCCAACCAUGGAGGCAUCUGCAACUGGCUCUCACCAUUCCCUCGCUGCUGCUUAUUCUGAACUGCUACCUGAUGAGUGAGUCACCCCGCUGGCUGAUCUCAAACCAAAGAUAUGAUCGCGUCUACAAGAUUCUCUUCAGACAGCCCAGCCACUACCAAAUUCAGCCCGCCGUUGCAGCCCCAUCUCAAGUCGCCAGCGAUAAGAAGUCGCUGGAGCCCGAAGAGGGAUUCUCCUUUGGUCAGAAACUCAAGAAUGGUCCCCUGAAGUCCAUCAUCGAGCUGUAUGCCAAUUCCAAGGUGCGCAGGAUGAUCUUUGCCUCGUAUUUCAUGUUCUGCGUCACUUCGCUGAGUUACUAUGUGACGGCUCUCAAUGCCGCCAAUCUGUCGGUGUCCAGAUAUCUCUACAUCAUAGGCACCGGUCUGGUGGAUAUACCAUCCUAUCUCGUCCCUGUGAUAAUGCUGCGCUUCACGGGCCGUCGCCUCACCACCAUGUUCCUGUUCCUGUGGACCGGCGUGUCCUUGCUACUGGUCCUUGCUGUUCCCGCCGGCAGCACCACCUGGAUCGUGGCCUUCGCCAUGCUGGGUCGCUUUGGCAUUAGCGCCACCUACUCCGUGGUCACGCUCUACACAGCCGAGCUGUAUCCCACCCAGAUAAGAAACUCGGCAUUGGGAACCUGCUCCACCUUCGCCCAUGUGGGCUCCAUUUCGGCACCGUAUGUGGUCGAUGUCCUUGGAGCUCUGGGCUGGUACAUUCCAACAACGAUUUGCGGCUGCUGCGUUCUAGUAGCUGGCCUACUGACUCUCACGCUUCCGGAAACGGGAACGGGAAAGCUGUCCGACAAAGUUGAGAGCAGUGCGUCCUCCACUCCGAUGGAGCCGGCCGAGAAACAGUGAUGACAGCAAUAGGUUAAGUUCCAUUUCCACGACUAAACUGAUUAACUACUUUUUAAGGUAUACCAACAUAGGUAUUACGACCCAAAAACUUCUGUACCUCCAACUGCCUUUCGCUAUUUUAAAUGUUUUACAAUCGGAAACAAUUAAAAAAAAAACAAUUAAUAGUUGAAA